AUGGUUGGGAAUCAGCCUCCUGAGGACUUGAGAGGUGGCAGCCAGCAUCCCUGCCCCACAGCCAGCAGACCCCAUACCCAGCAGGUCCCACAGCCAGGACUGUACACCCAGCAGGCCCCACAGCCAGGACUCCACACCCAGCAGGUCUUACAGCCAGGACUGUACACCCAGCAGGUCCCACAGCCAGGACUGUACACCCAACAGGUCCCACAGCCAGGACUCCACACCCAGCAGGCCUCACAGCCAGGACUCUACACCCAGCAGGUCCCACAGCCAGGACUCCACACCCAGCAGGUCCCACAGCCAGGACUCUACACCCAGCAGGUCCUACAGCCAGGACUCUACACCCAGCAGGUCCCACAGCCAGGACUCUACACCCAGCAGGUCCUACAGCCAGGACUCUACACCCAGCAGGUCCUACAGCCAGGACUCCACACCCAGCAGGCCUCACAGCCACCAGGCCCCACAGCCAGGACUCCACACCCAGAAGAACUCUACACCCAGCAGGUCCUACAGCCAGGACCCUACACCCAGCAGGUCCCACAGCCAGGACUCCACACCCACCAGGCCCCACAGCCAGCAGACCCCAUACCCAGCAGGCCCCACAGCCAGGACUCUACACCCAGCAGGCCCCACAGCCAGGACUCUACACCCAGCAGGUCCUACAGCCAGAACUCUACACCCAGCAGGUCCCACAGCCAGCAGAUCCCACAGCCAGGACCCUACACCCAGCAGAUCCCACAGCCAGCAGAUCCCACAGCCAGCAGACCCCAUACCCAGCAGGCCCCGCAGCCAGGACUGUACACCCAGCAGGUCCUACAGACAGGACUCUACACCCAGCAGGUCCUACAGCCAGGACUCUACACCCAGCAGGUCCCACAGCCAGGACUCCACACCCAGCAGGUCCUACAGACAGGACUCUACACCCAGCAGGUCCUACAGCCAGGACUCUACACCCAGCAGGUCCUACAGCCAGGACUCUACACCCAGCAGGUCCUACAGCCAGGACUCCACACCCAGCAGGUCCCACAGCCAGGACUCUACACCCAGCAGGUCCCACAGCCACCAGGCCCCACACCCAGCAGGCCCCACAGACAGGACUCCACACCCAGCAGGUCCCAUAGCCAGGACUCCACACCCAGCAGGUCCUACAGCCAGGACUCCACACCCAGCAGGUCCUACAGCCAGGACUCUACACCCAGCAGGUCCUACAGCCAGCAGGUCCUACAGCCAGGACUCCACACCCAGCAGGCCCCACCGACAGGACUCUACACCCAGCACGUCCCUCACCCAGCAGGCCCCACACCAUUCUCUGCCUGCAGCUCAGAUGUUGGCACCAUCCUGGCCCUCAGUGACGUGUUGUCUCUUUGUAACCAGAAGAGGCCAGGGUUUGGCUGCCCGAUACUAAAUGUCACCUGA